AUGAUGGCUGGAGGAGCUGCAAAAAUGGGUGCAGAACAUUUUGCAACUUAUCUCAAGAAUAGUAGAUAUUUUGAAAAAUGUAUACAAAAGCUAAAAAUAAUAAGUGCUGGAGAAGGAAAAUGUACAGCCCUGUUGAAGGUAGAUGAGGACCAUAUCAAUCCCUUUGGAACACUUCAUGGAGGUUUAUCAGCUACACUAGUUGAUACUGUAUCUAGCUGGGCUCUGCUCACUCAUGACAAUGUGAUUGUUAAUAGUGUAUCUGUUGAUAUAAAAAUGAGUUACCUGAAAGCAGCACCAUUAGGUCAAGAAGUACAAAUUGAUGCUGAUACAAUAAGAGUGGGGAAAACAUUAGCUUUUCUGAAGGCUUAUAUAAAGAAUAAAGAAACUGGGGAGCUUUUAGUGGAAGGAUCACACACCAAGUUCUUUAUACGUUCUUAG